CCUUUACUAGACGCGGGGCCCCUCCGGUCGAGCCUGUGUAGCCGCUGCGGUCUUAUUCUACUGCAUUUACUACUAUUUUAAUAAGACACCUGAGGUUCUGAGUUUUGCUUCUUCUUUCUCCUCGGCGCUGGUUGUUUGAGAUUAUCCGCUAGGUUUAGUUAGAAAUGCUCCUCGGGUAGCGAGUGUUAUACUCGGAGCCACAGCGACUCGAGAGCUGCUGCGCGGCACAAACACCGCCGAGCUGUCGGAGGACAUGGACCUCACAAAGCCUGCAGGUGGAGUGAUAGCUUACAUUAGCUCCGCGAGCUCGGCCUCCAGUCCCGAGUCGUGCCACAGCGACUCCUCCAACAGCAGCUAUCAGUUCUGCUCUCCGCCCCACGCAGGGCAGGGCCAGCAGGGCGAGACCCUCGCUGUGGCCCCUCAGUCCCGCCCACGGAAGACACGGUCGCCCUCCGCAGCCAAAAGUGGCAUUACAAAGAUUAACGGGCUGGUGCUGCUAUGUAAAGUGUGUGGAGAUGUUGCGUCAGGAUUUCACUAUGGCGUUCACGCUUGUGAGGGAUGCAAGGGUUUCUUCAGGAGGAGCAUUCAGCAGAACAUUCAGUAUAAGAAGUGCCUUAAGAACGAAAGCUGUUCCAUCACGCGCAUCAACAGGAACCGAUGCCAGCAGUGCCGCUUUAAGAAGUGUCUGCUCGUGGGCAUGUCCAGAGACGCUGUGCGUUUCGGCCGGAUUCCCAAACGAGAGAAGCAGCGCAUGCUGCUCGAGAUGCAGAAUGCCAUGAACAACAUGAUGAACAACAGCCACGGCAGCCAGCCGCUGAGCACCCAGCCAUCAGCCAGCGAUGCAGCUUCAGAGCACAGCGGCCCUUCCUCCCGCUCCCCCUCCACCUCCCCCCGGAGCCAUCGGUCCGAAUCCAGCCCCGACCCCGAGCUGCUGAGCGCCAUGGAUACAAGCACCAGCUCAGACUCCUCCAGCGCCACUGACAGCGGGGAGGAGGAGGUCAUCAGCACAGUGACUAGAGCGCAUCAGGAGACCUUCAUGUACAAUCAGGAGCAGGCCAGCGUGCCUUCAGCGGCCCCUAACAACUACAGCCAUUGCUCAGAGAAGACUCAGGAGGUCUGGAAGCAGCAGAGCAAUGCAUCCUCAGAGAGUGAACAAACGCCCCCAUCAGGCUGUGCUCCACAGGGGCCUGAAGACUCGGUCUGUCCUGUCAGACUGCCCAACAGCAGCUCCGCUGGUCCGUCUCUGCAGAACCUCUCUCUGAGAGCUCAUAAUGACAAUGAAACACGUUUCAAUGGCAGCUGUAGUGUCCCAACAUUUGCAAGGGUUAACAGGAUGCACCUGGUUUGCCCCAUGAACACAUCGCCCUAUGUGGAUCCUCAGAAGUCGGGUCACAGUAUUUGGGAGGAGUUCUCCAUGAGCUUCACGCCAGCCGUCAGAGAGGUGGUGGAAUUUGCAAAGCGCAUCCCAGGAUUCAAAGAGCUGUCCCAGCACGACCAGGUCAGCCUGCUGAAGGCCGGCACCUUUGAGGUGCUGGUGGUGCGCUUUACAUCCCUGUUCAAUGUGAAGGAGCGCACAGUCACAUUUCUGAGCGGCAGGAAGUACAGCGUGGAGGCGCUGCGCUCGAUGGGUGCUGGAGAUCUCCUCAACUCAAUGUUUGACUUCACCGAGAAGCUGCAAGCGCUCAACCUCAGUAAGGAGGAGAUGAGCCUCUUCACGGCCGUAGUGCUGGUGUCUGCAGAUCGCUCCGGGCUCGAGAACAUCAACUCGGUCGAGGCCCUUCAGGAAACUCUGAUUCGAGCGCUGCGCAGCUUGAUCACCAAGAACCACCCCAACGAGAUCACCAUCUUCACUAAACUGCUCCUCAAGCUGCCGGACCUGCGCUCGCUCAACAACAUGCACUCUGAGCAGCUCUUGGCCUUCAAGGUCCACCCCUGAGCACCCACCAACCCCAUAACUGCGGGCCCCAUCCAUCUCCAGAGCCUCCUUCCUGCGGCCCGUUUAGCCAGUGGGGAACUGCUGUUACUCAGUGCCCCUUUUCUGACACUUCUCCCCAUGACUUUCAAAUCACUGCUGGUUAAACAUGGAGGUGGGGGGGUUACUUAAGAAUACUUUGUUCUUAAGAAGUAGAAGAUACUUAACAAGUCAUUGUACUGUAAAGCGCCUCUGCUCAUGCUAACGCACACGACUCGCUGAAACAAACUGGAGGGGUUUCGUUGUAGAUGCUUACGAGAGUUUGUACGAUUACGCGGUUUGUGUGCGCGCAGAGGCACCUUGAAUUCGUUUCUAGAUUUAUGAAUCUGCCUGUGCAAUAAGUGACGCGUUCACUGGUUUUGUGAUUGUUCCUUGUUGGUCUUUUAAUACUUUCAGAGAAGAGGAAGUGAGGUAUAUCUUGUGGCCCGUAUGAAUGCUGUGUGUUGCUAAGGGUAGAUUAUGAAGGGAUGUACCCACAAACAAACGAGAAAAGAAGUACACAGAGCACAGUUUGGCAUCCUUUCUAAUUCGGAGAGAAGAAAAAGCAAAAAGCGCCAACUAAGAAAUGGAAGAAUGUGGAACGAGCUGCUAAUCUGAGCUUU